UGGGAGGCAGACACACAGAGAGACCGUGGAUGGAUCGGCAGCUGGGUCUAAGGCUUUGGAGUUUGGAAUAAUUCAGUCGGAACGAGAGGUGGACUAUAUAUCACUCUUUCACUGGGAUCUGUCGUUCAUUGGAGGAGGAGAGAAGGGAGGAGAGAAACAGACAGAAGGAGAGAGAAAUAGAGGGUGAUGCUGAUGGAAGACGUGUCGAGAGUCUGGCUUUAAAGGGGCCAAACCACUUCACCUGGACACCUUCCACAGGACGUGAGCCCAUGAGGUCGUUGCCGCUGGCACUCCUGCUGAUCGGCGUCCAGGCUGUAUUGAACAUGGGAGGGGCCCUGGGCCAGGUGGCAGCCAACCACAGCUCAGAACACCACACAGCAGCCAAUCACAGAGCAGAUCAGCCAGCCCACUUCACAGAGUCUCCACAGCAUCAGCCUGCAGCAGGCAGGGAAACACCUCAAAAACCCAGUCAGAAGAUCAGAUCGGCUCACAGGACAGCCUUUCUACCCCAGGACAGGAACUCUUCCCUGGGUCACUCUGAGACAGAAUCCUCCUCCACGGACUCCAUCCCCGAGGUGGACCCCAAACUGUUCAACAAACGGCACUUCCGCUCCUCACCCCGCGUCGUCUUCAGUGACGUACGCCCCACCCAUCACGCCCUGGGUGUGGGGACGGGGGAGGAGGAGAUCGAUGGGGUGCAGGGGGGCGGGUUUAGGGUGAAGCGCAUGGCUGGGGUGCAGCACUUGAAUAGAGGGGAGUACUCUGUGUGUGAGAGCAAAAACAUGUGGGUCAACCUGACCAAGGCCACAGACAUGGCCGGCAACGAGGUGGACAUUCUCCCGGAGGUUAAAAUAAACAACUACAGGAUGAAGCAAUACUUUUAUGAGACGAUCUGCGACACGGACACACCCCCGGAGGGAGGGGCGAAGGGCGGUGCCAGUGGAGGGGGUGAAGCUAGGGAAGGAGCCGGGGGGGGCGUUGUCAGAGCGGCCAAGGCCAAAUCGGGGUGUCGCGGCAUCGACAGCCGUCGAUGGAACUCGUACUGCACCAACUCACACAUGUACGUACGCGCCCUCACCAAGUUCAAGGAGCUGACCGCCUGGAGGCUGAUACGCAUCAACUCAGCCUGUGUGUGUGUUAUCAGCCGCAAGUCCUGGAAGCAUUGACCUCUCACCUGUAUGAUUAUGGACCACGAGCCACACACACACACACCCCAUGUUUUCAGGGCUAACAUGUUUUUAUUUAAAAACCCAUUUUCCUGAAACUCUAAACCUAACUUUAACCUACCCACAAUAACCUAUCUUUUAUGCCUAAACCUAACCUAACUCUUACCCCAAGCCCAACCUCAGCCCCGAACUCUAAACCUAAACAAUAAGGAUUUGAAGUGUCAGGACAUUUCUGUGAAUUCUGAUCCUGAAAUAACUAGUGUAUACAAACAGACAGACACACACACACACACACACACUAAAGCAUUAUUGCCAAUAAACUGCCCAGAAGUCCCACUCGGACACACGCAUACACCC